CACAAAUUGUACAACAUGUCGGAUGAGGUCAGUGAGUCCUGCUCGGAGUUAUUUUAAAUACAGACGUUUAUAGGGGUUUUCCUGCGACUUGGAAAAUAAAACACAGUAACCUAACAUGAUGUAAAUUUGUCUUGUUGUCCAAGCUUGGUGAAAAUCUUGUGAGAAUGAAGCAUAGAAAUAGAUAACUACGAGUUUGAUUGUUGAAUGGGAACGGCACAAAUCCAGCUUAAAAUACGAAAAAUUGGAAAUGAUAAGAUAAAGCGGUGCUCUCUACGCGAAGUUGAGGUAACAAAACAAUUCCGCCAUGAAUACUAUAUGGUUGUUUUGCUCAAUCCUUGUUCCUUUGUUCCACUUCAUCGAUUCGUCAAGUGUUUGUGGCGAUGGUAAAAACUUGACUGUUGGAGUGUAUCACCUCGCACCGUACGUUUUCAAAGACAAACUUCUUGAUGGGAAACUUCUGCUUGAUCCCGAGAAUCACAAUAAAGCUGGUCUGUUCUUUGAUAAGAUCUACAACCAGAUGAUCUAUCCGUUUUACAAGGAUUGCAUGAAGGAGGGGAUGAGAGUUAAGAUCCUGACCGCUGAAACUGCAGAAGAGAUGCUGGAUCUUAUGAUAAACAAUGACACUGACUUUGCAUUUCCCAUAACACAGGAUAUAAAAAGAAUGUUCGAUGCCACCAACGUGAGUGACGUUCUACCCAGCAAGCUUGUAGUGACUCUAGCAUCGAAGCGUCUGUCUCUCGUCCUCAACACAAAAUCCUGCCGACAGCAGUUACAGAUGGAGAUGCUCGAUGGGCUAUUGCAACAAUGGCCGAUCGUGGCAGUGACCCUGAUACUCGCUGCCAUAGCAGGUGUCAUCGUGUGGAUUCUCGAGACUCGGCACAACUCUAACGAGUUCCCGCGCUCGUUCUUACGCGGUACCUACGAGGGAUUCUGGUGGGCGUUCGUCUCAAUGACAACUGUCGGAUAUGGUGACCGGACACCUCGGACGGUUUUCGGACGUUUGUUUGGCGUCAUCUGGAUCAUGAUUGGCAUAAUUGUGGUUGCGUUCUUCACGGCUACUUUUAGCAGCGUAAUCACAAUCUCCAUCGUCUCCAACACUUGCCAGAAAGCAGAAGGGAAAAGGCUUGCAGUUUUGAAUAACACGGAGCUUGCACAAGCUGCAGACGACAACGGUGCAACGGCAAUUGUAAUGGACUCGUUCAAAGAGAUGGUCGCGGCCGUCGAGAAGGGCGCAGAGGUUGAUGGGAUGCUCGUAGAGGAGAUCAUGGCCCACUACCUGAUGACGUCAUCUGGUCGUGCACGUUAUAAGAUCAGCGAAGAUAUCCAGAUCACAGGGUCGAUUGUGUACGAGAAGCUUGUCAGGGUUUACACGAUGUUCAGGAAACUGUUAGAUGGCAUGAAGGAGAGUGAUUUGGUGCUGAACGCACGAUACGACGCUGAGAUCAUAGCGACGUACACCGACUAUGCAAAGAAUCCCAAUGCCGCAGAUGCCCAGCAGCCUUUUUCAGGAAAAUCCGCCAACACACAACGGCUACUGAUCAUCCUCGCCUCAGUCUUCGGAGGGCUUGUCUUCCUCGCCUUUCUUUGUGAUAUUUUCAUGAGGAUUUACUGCAGCAAAAUCAAAGAUAAAAGCCAAGUGAAUCUUGAGAUGAAUUUGCCGCAACAGAAAAAGUCCAGUUCUCGUGGCAUGGAAAAGUCGCUUAAGCAGAUAAUGGACGAACUUACAGACAUAAAAACGAAACUAGAGAGACUAGAGAAAUCUAUGAAGCGCCAUACGGAGAGAAAAUAACGGCAAUCUUAAUUGAAACUGAAACAAGACUUGGUAAAGCAAAAACUUAAAACACUUUCAAAUGACCAAACGAUGUGAGCGACAGUGGCGAAGUUAUGCUACGCUCACAAUAGAGCCGAAACAUGUUAACUUCUUUAUAGACAUGUUUUAUUAUUUAAAUUCCCUAAAUUUGUAGAUCUACAGAAGGGUUUCUUUAGGUCACGAUAUAAAUACAUAUCGCCCAUCAGUAAACCUUUGCAAAUCGUGGUACAAUGAAAUCGGUGUAGCUCAGUGCCUCAAUGUGAUUUUCUUGAUAAAAACAGUGUAUUAUUUAUUCGGGAGGUUAUGUUUAUCUUUUUUAUACAAUAAUUCAUAAUAUUUUUCAAACUGGCUUAAAUAAAAAUACCUUGAUUUCCA